AUGUCCAACCCGAAAACUGAGUCAGUCACGAUGCAUGAGGAUUCUUUUGCCUUAAUUAGAGAGGAUGAUUUUGAGCAAAACUCUCUAAUCAUAGAUUCAGGAGGAGCUGAAGAUGAAAGUUGUUGUGCAGUGCCUGAACCUCCAUCGGCUACAGUUGCAUUGGAUGUAUUGAAUGUACAAGGAACACAAGAUGUGAUCCUAGAGACAUUUGGCUCUCCAUAUUAUUUGCAAUCAAUUAAUGAUAAAGGCACCAUGAUUCUUUCUCAUCAUUCCCGCGCAUACUCCUUCGAAUCAUUAGACGAUGAAGAUUUGGUAUGUGUUUCUCCUGCACCUUACUUCACAGCGAUGGAAGACGAUCCAACUGCUUACUUUCAUGAUUUCUCCACAUCCUACCUAAAAGACGGAAUCUCUUAUGUUUCAGAAGAUGCUAAUGCAAUGGCUCAUUUUCAUGAUUCUUUUGUAUUCGCCGCAGGAGAUAAAAGCUCUUAUUUUCCUCUUGGAAAUCCUGUCAAGUUUACGCAGACACAUAUGCAGCAGAAGUUGGAACUGAAGAUGAGUGCUGGUGUCAAAACAAUGAAGAAAGUCAAGAAAGUUGUCCAUGCCAUAAAAGAGAGCGGUACGGUACAAUUACAUAAUGAUCCAAGUGAAAUUGAAGAUUCAUGUGAUGUACUUGAACCCCCACAGCUUGAAGUUGGAUUGAGUGUGCAGGGAACAAGGGAUGUGAAUGAGACAUUGGAUUCGGCAGCAAAAAUAGAGGUCGGGGUGAAGCGAAUCGAAGGUAGUGAAGAUGUACAAGGUCAAACUGACAUGGGAAUAGGUGAACCUAUGUUGCCUACACUUGAAACUCCAUAUGCCGAAAAUGAGGUGACUGAAUAUGUACCUUCAACGGUUACAAUUGACUUGGAUGUGCUCUUGAGGGAGUUGAAGAGGAAGCUUCUUAAGGAUGAGGAGUCAACGCUUGUGCUAACUGGGCCUCGGGGAUGCGGCAAAACCAAAUUGGCAAAAAGAAAUUGUCAAGAUAAGUUAAAGAUAUGUUCAAGAACAAUACCUGAGUUGCAAGAGGAUACAAUUGCACUGAAGUGGCUGCAAGUAUUUCUUAAUGAAGCAGGACAACACCCUUCACUGUUGGUCCUAGAUGAUGUUUGGCCUGAAUCAGAACCCAUUCUUGACAAGUUUGAUAAUUUCAAAACAUCAAAUUACAAGAUUAUGAUGACAUCGAGAUCUGAAUUUCCGACAUUUGGUUCUCCAUAUUAUUUGCAAUCAAUUUAUGAUGAAGGCACCAGGACUUUUUCUCAUCAUUCCCGCGCAUACUCCUUCGAAUCAUUGGACGAUGAAGACCUGGUAUGUGUUUCUCCUGCACUUUCCUUCACAGCGAUGGAUGAUGAUCCAACUGCUUACUUUCGUGAUUUCUCCACAUUCUACCUAGAAGACAGAAUCUCUCAUGUUUCAGAAGAUACUGACCCGAUGACUCAUUUUCAUGAUUCCUCUGCAUCCACCACAAGAGAUAGAAGCUCUUAUGUUUCGAAGGGUGUUGGGAUAAAGUUUCCUCUUGGCAAUCCUGUGAAGUCUACGCAGACAUAUAUGCAGCAAAAGUUGGAAUUGAAUGUGAGUACUGGUGUCAAAACAGUGAAGAAAGUCAUGAAAGUUGUCCAUGUCAUAAAAGUGUCUGAACCUCCAUUAGCUACAAUUGCAUUGGAUGUAUUGAAUGUGCAGGGAACACAAGAUGUGAUCUUGGAGACGUUUGGUUCUCCAUAUUAUUUGCAAUCAAUUAAUGAUGAAGGCACCAUGAUUUUUUCUCAUCAUUCCCGCGCAUACUCCUUCGAAUCAUUGGACGAUGAAGACCUGGUAUGUGUUUCUCCUGCACCUUCCUUGACAGCGAUGGAUGACGAUCCAACUACUUACUUUCGUGAUUUCUCCACAUACCUGGAAGAUAGAAUCUCUCUAUUUGAGAAGUUUCCUCUUGGCAAUCCUGUCAAGUCUAUGCAGACACAUAUGCAGCCAAAGUUGGAAUUUAAGAUGAGUGAUGGUGACAAAACAAUGAAGAAAGUCAUGAAAGUUGUCCAUGCCAUAAAUGGGGUUAGUUCGACCGGUUGGGAUGCAAAGAACCAAAAGCUAACAGUGGUAGGACAGUUGGAUCCAGUGCUAAUAGUGACUAAGUUGAGGAAGAUGGCUUCUAAAACAGAGCUGGUAUCAGUUGGCCCAGCCAAGGAAGAGAUAUAA